AUGCCAAAUAAAAAUGAACAAACUUAUUCCGACGUAUUGGAGAUUUUAAAAAAACGUGCGACGGUGGAUUUCAAUCCACGUCGUAUUAUGAUUGAUUAUGGAACUGCAUUUAUCAAUGCAGUUUCAUUACAUUUUCCUGAUGCUGAAAUCGCUGGGUGUUUUUUUCACUUCAGUCAGUGUGUGUGGAGACACGUGCAGUCUACAGGAUUACAAAAAUUAUACAAUACAAAUAUUCGGUUUGCUUUGAAUGUGCGAAUGUUAAUGGCAUUGGCCUUCGUACCUGCCAAAGACGUUCACAAUGCAUUUGAUGAGCUGAUAAGAAGUACAUUUUAUGAUGAAAAUGAAGAAGUGUUAGAGCCCCUUAUCAGUUACGUUGAACGAACUUGGAUUGGUGUUUGUUCACGUAGUGGAAAACGUCGAUUGAAGGCAUAUUAUAGUUUAGAUUUAUGA